AUGUCUACAUCGGACGCACUUGUACUCUUCGACGUUGGAGCAGGUCAAGCUCAAGGAAGUAGGGAAAGACAGGAGGACCGGUACAGGAUAGUCCUACCGGAGAAGUUCCCCGCAAAGACGAAUGACAAUAUUGCAUUCUUCGCAAUAUACGAUGGGCAUGGCUCCGGCGUCGUUGCAGAUCAUGCCUCUAAGAACCUGCAUAAUCUACUUGCCCAACGACCCGAACUUCAACGGGGCGACUAUGCUGCCGCGAUGAGGGCCGCACUGGCUGAGGAGGAUCGCUUGCUGCUGGAUAAUUUUAUGCGCGAGUCCGUCGAGCCCGCGGUGUCCGGAUCAACAGUGGCGGUGUGCCUCAUCAACUUGACCACGGGGGAGCUGGUAGUCUCCAAUCUAGGCGACUCGCAUGUCAUCUUGGCUGAGCGGGAUCCCAAAACGGAAUUUCCCUAUCACAUUCGUCGACUCACAGAAGCACAUAAGCCCGAAGUGCCUAGCGAGCAAGCUCGCAUCAAAGAGGCUGGAGGUAUGGUGGAAAAACGGAACGGAAUCACUCGGCUCGGCCAGCCCAAGGAAGGGGAGGGCCCGAGAGCCCGUGGUGGAAGGGGGCCAGCGGCUUUCCCCAGUGAACACAAGUCCUUGUGGUAG